AUGAGAUACAAAAUAUUAAUCCUGUUGCUACUGAUGUUAAUUUCUCUUUAUGCCCUGUAUAGAGAAUACCAUUUCAGUACAAAGAAACUGCAGAUGUCAUAUCAUUGCUGGUCUCUGAAAAAUGAGCCUGAACUACAGCUACCAAACUGCUUUAAUUCCACAGUGAACUCAACACAUGUGCGCAUGAGAGCUACUAACUGGUCAGCUCCCAUCGUGUGGACAGACACUUACAAUGAGUCACUCUUGAAAAAGUAUUAUAAAAAGCAUCCAGUUUCUGUGGGGUUGAUUGUGUUUGCAGUGGGAAGAUACCUUUGGUACUACUUGGGUAAAUUCCUGAUAUCUGCUAAUACGUUCUUCAUGGUCGACCAGAGGGUCAUCAUUUAUGUCAUGUUGGAUGACUUUUCCUAUAUGCCAUUUAUAAGUUUGAAUCGCCGCCGGACAUUAAAAAUUUUUAAAAUUAAACGAGAGAGAAGAUGGCAAGACAUCAGUAUGAUGCGCAUGAAGAUCAUCAGUGAACACAUUGCGGAUCACAUACAGUAUGAGGUUGACUAUGUCUUUUGCAUGGAUGUGGAUCAAAUAUUCAAAGCCAGCUAUGGUUUGGAGGCCCUGGGAGACUCCAUAGCUCAGUUACAUACUUAUUGGUAUAAGGAAAGCCCUCACAAAGUACCGUAUGAGAGAAAUGAGUUGUCAGAAGCCUAUAUACCAUUGGGUGAGGGAGAUUUUUAUUACCACGCUGCUGUUUUUGGAGGCACAGCCACUCAGGUUCUGAAGAUUACUAAGGAGUGUGCCAAAGGAAUUAUGAAUGAUAAGAAACAUAAUAUUGAAGCAAUUUGGCAUGACGAAAGCCAUCUAAACAAGUACUUCUUUCUCCACAAACCCACUAAACUCUUGUCACCAGAAUUUUGCUGGGACUUACAUAAGAACAAGACUCCUGAUAUUGAGGCUGUAAAACUCUACUGGAAUUUUAAGAAUUAUGAAUUCCUUAGACAUCAAGUAUAA